AUGCCUAUUUUAGUCAAAGCCACUGCGGGCGCGGGGACCCGGCACCGGCCGAGCAGCCUCCCGACCCGCCGAUCGGCCGAGGCUUUCGCGUCGGGCUCCCGUCGAGCCUUCGCGUCCGUGUCCCCUGCGCCCCGCCGCUGCCGCCCCAAACUUUGGCCAGCACCGCCCGGGCUCCGCGCCAGGGACGAGCCAGGAAUUUUCAAGAUGAAUUAUACCAAGUCCAGCCCAUUGGCAGAAUCAACUGCAAUAGGUUUUACACCUGAGUUAGAAACUAUCCUACCUGUGCCUUCCAAUGAGACCACUUGUGAAAACUGGAAAGAGAUACAUCAUCUAGUUUUUCAUGUAGCAAAUAUUUUUUUUGCAACUGGGUUGGUUAUUCCAACUACUCUUCACCUUCAUAUGAUACUUCUUAGGGGGAUGUUAACUAUAGGAUGUACCCUUUACAUCGUCUGGGCCACUCUCUACCGAUGUGCCUUGGAUAUCAUGAUCUGGAACUCGGUGUUCCUGGGGAUCAACAUUUUGCAUCUUUCAUAUCUUUUGUACAAGAAAAGACCGGUAAAAAUCGAAAAGGAACUCAAAAGCAUCUACCAGCGAUUGUUUGAACCACUCCGUGUGCCUCCAGAUUUGUUCAAAAGAUUAACUGGACAGUUUUGCAUGAUCCAAACAUUGAAAAAGGGCGACACCUAUGCUGCAGAAGAUAUAACCUCAGUUGACGACCGUCUGAGUAUUCUCCUGAAGGGAAAAAUGAAGGUCUCCUAUCGAGGACAUUUUCUGCAUAAUAUUUACCCCUGUGCCUUUAUAGAUUCUCCUGAAUUUAGAUCAACCCAGAUGCACAAAGGUGAAAAAUUCCAGGUCACCAUUAUUGCAGAUGAUAACUGUAGAUUUUUAUGCUGGUCAAGAGAAAGAUUAACUUACUUUCUGGAAUCAGAGCCUUUCCUAUAUGAAAUAUUUAGGUAUCUUAUAGGAAAAGACAUUACAAAUAAGCUCUACUCAUUGAAUGAUCCCACCUUAAAUGAUAAAACGGUCCAAAAGUUGGACCACCAGCUCAGCCUUUGCACACAGCUGUCCAUGCUGGAAAUGAGGAACAGUAUAGUCAGCUCCAGUGAAGAUGAAGACGGCUUACACCAGUUUCUUCGAGGCACCUCCAGCGUUUCCUCUCUUCAUGUGUCACCCCUACACCAGCGAGCCUCUGCGAAGAUGAUCCCAAUAGAGGAAGGGGCGGAAAACGAUGAUGAGGUCUUUGAACCCGUGUCCUCCAAUACGCUUCAAGUUCGUCGCUGGCCUUGAUCCCAAGAGAGGAUUCACGUUACCAAGAGGGAAACUGUCUGGAAGAGAUCCUGAAAAAUACCAGCACUUUUUCACAGCUUUUCAAUUGUUCUGCUUUAAUAUUGAUACUUCCAGCCUGGGAGAGUCUGAGGGCAGGAAAGGGAGGGAGAUUCAAAACAUGGGAAGGUUAUCUUCUCUUUUUACUGGUCAGCUUUCUGUUCCACUGAGCCUUCUGACUAAACCGAGUGCUAUUUUUGAGAGAUAUAUUUUCACAGU